GGAAGUGGGAAGUGGGGUUGGGUUCAAUGGGAAGAAAGGCACGCAGGCAAGGUGUUUGUUGAAUUGAUUCUUUGAAGUUUACUCCAUAAAAAACAAAGAUUUUCCAACUAAUUAAACAGAAAUCGCCGACGACCCUCGAGCCCCUUUAUUUAGUUUUAGCCAUAAAUAGGGUGGGCCGUACAAAUUUAUGGCGAUUGGAGCUGCCAGCAACUGUUAGACCUUUGGCUGGGGAGAAGGGAGCAGAAGGGGGGAAAAGAGGGGGGCGUUUCUUAUGAGGUCUGUGAUUGUUCUAAUAGCGCCGGUACACAAGUGGGGAAGUGGGUCCUUUUCUCGUCGACUUUCUAACGGAGUCUCAAGUCUCGUGAUGCUCCUCGAUUGCUAGGGAUUGGGGUGAGGGGGGGAGCUUCCAGAAUUCGCUAUUACACGUCUCUGCUUUUGACUUCGCAUCUGAAUUGCGGGGCAGUUGACUUCUGCUGCUAAUUCUUGAGGAUCGGAGAGUUGAUCGAAGAUGGAAGAAACGCAGGGCAGCUCUAGUUCUCUGCCGCCUUUCCUCACAAAGACGUAUGAGAUGGUCGAUGAUCCGUCAACAGAUUCAGUAGUCUCGUGGAGUGCCAGUAAUAAAAGCUUCAUAGUAUGGAGUCCGCCGGAGUUUUCCCGUGAUUUGCUCCCCAGAUUCUUCAAGCACAACAACUUCUCCAGCUUCAUCAGACAGCUCAAUACUUAUGUAGGCUUCAGGAAAGUAGACCCAGAACAAUGGGAAUUUGCCAACGAGGACUUCAUCAGAGGUCAACCACACCUUAUGAAGAACAUCCACAGAAGGAAGCCUGUUCACAGCCACUCUAUGCAGAGCCUACAACAAGUACAAGGAUCUAUUGGUAACAACAACCCCUUGUCAGACCCUGAAAGGCAGAGUUUGAAAGACGACAUCGAGAGGCUUAAACACGACAAAGAAGUGCUCGUCGUCGAGUUACAGAGGAAAGAGCAAGAGAGACGAGCGUUCGAGCUGCAAAUGCAGGUUCUGAGAGACAAAUUUCAAGAACUCGAACGGCGUCAGCAGACGAUUGCUUCUUGCCUUACAAAGGCAAUGAAUACACCACCAGGGCUGGCCCUGGAUCUCAUGCCACAGCAGGUAGAAGUUCAUGAGAGAAAGAGAAGGCUGCCUAGAAUCGGUUGCUUCGAAGAAGAACUCAUGUCGGAGAACACCAACAACAACGACAGCAAUCAAAUGGAGAUAUCAUCAGCAUGUCUGGCCAGAGAAAAUGUAGAGAAGUGUGAGCUGCUGGAGUCAUCUUUGACAUUCUGGGAGAACGUUGUGAACGAUGUCAGUCAAACAACAACAGCGACACCAUUCAAUCAUCACCAGUACACGCCGUCGCUGGUGGAGAUGGAUGAGUGUACAAGCUGUGCAGACAGCCCAGCACAAUCCAUCAUGCAGCUGAACAUAUCAGAUGUUGUUGUUCAUCCCAGAUCCCCAGGAAUAGACAUGAAUUGUGAGCCUGUAACAACUAGUGAGCUCAGCCCGCCAAAGGAGCAGGCAAGUGGAACAACAACAACAACAGAGCCGCCUGCUGCUGCUGCUGGGGUGAAUGAUGUGUUCUGGGAGCAACUGUUGACAGAGAAUCCUGGUUCAGCUGCAGCUGCUGAUGCACAGGAAGCCGAGUCGGAGAGAAGGGAUUCAGGUGACAAAAGGAAUGAGAUCAAACCUAGCAGUAGUGACCAUGGAAGGAAUUGGUGGAAUAUGAGGAGUGUAAAUAGUCUUGCGGGGCAGGUGGGGCCUCUUACCCCUGCUGCAGGAAGAACUUGAGAACAGAAACAUUCCUAUUUGGUUGUUUUGAUUUUUUGCCUGGCCUUUUCCACUUGUUGAGAUAGUUGCACAUGUAAUAAAACUAGGUACACCGAUCGGGUCUUCUUGUGAUAUAUGAUAUAGAAGAGUAGUUCAGUGUUUUUUUCUUUUUCUUUUUUACAGUAUGCUGAUCUUCUUAUAUUGUGCAUCGUGUCUCUUGUUGUUCGACUUUGCAUCUUAUCAGGAAGAUGUCUGUCUGUCUAUUUUGUGCUAUGUUUUUUGUGUUGUGUUCUGUUGUUAUUUUGCAAGAAAUUCUGACUGCUGCGAUCAAAUGCUACAACUCACUCCAUGUUUUACAGUUUAAUAUUGUUCUUCAUGUUUUCCUCUGUAAGUUUUUGGAUUAGGAAAUCAUAAUGUUCGGGUU